AUGGGUCAGAGCGACCCAGCCAGCUGCUGCACAGGUCCGGACGUGCUCUGGGCUCACCGCUCUGCGCUCAUGGGUCAGAGCGACCCGGCCCUGUGUUUCCAGGGCUCUGCGCUCUGCGCUCGUGGGUCAGUGCGACCCAGGCCCUGUGUUUCCAGGGCUCAGGGCUCUGCGCUCUGCGCUCUGCGCUCGUGGGUCAGAGCGAUCCAGCCAGCCGCUGCACAGGUCCGGACGUGCUCUGGGCUCACCGCUCUGCGCUCAUGGGUCAGAGCGACCCAGCCAGCCGCUGCACAGGUCUGGACGUGCUCUGGGCUCACCGCUCUGCGCUCAUGGGUCAGAGCGACCCAGCCAGCCGCCGCACAGGUCCGGAAUGGUAUCCUGUCCAUAGAGACACUGUUAGAGAACACAUCCUUUGACAAUGGACCAGGCUCCAAGGGUCUGACAGACCUUAAGAUGUGCAUUAGGAAAUUCCUCGAUUGUGCCGUUCAGAGACCCCAGGAUAACGGAGUUCCGCUUGCAUUCAGCCUGAGUGGAUAUAUCGCCCUCAGCGGACCCGCUCGGCUCCACCGAUCGGCCAUGGCCGCGCGUUUUACGGCCGCGCAGGUUCUAGAACAGAUCUUGUCCAGCGUGGACCAAGAAGACUACUCGGAUUGCCAGGAGGAGGAGGACGAAGAGGUUUCGGAAGAGGAAGACGGCGAGGAAUACAACCCCGAGAGCCGCGAGGUCGACGAUGCCUCUUCUCCCUCUUCUGGGGAAGAGCAGCCCGAGGAAGAGGCGCCUGAGGACGAGCACGAGGACGAGCACGAGGACCGCGGGGAGCAAGAGAUCUCCUCGGCCCCGGACCGACGGGAGCCUCCGUUGCUGUCGAAAAACGGCAAAAUCGAGUGGUCCCCCGUGGCCUACGGUCGCCACCGCGGGCCCCUGGCGAUCUGCCACGCCGGGCCGGACCAGACUCCGGGCCCCACGGCCUAUGCCGCGACACAGGCCCGCGACAACGCGUCCGCCUUCCACCUGUUUGUCACACCGGCGAUAGAAAGGAUAAUUGUGGAAAUGACGAAUCUGCACGGGGCCAGAAAAUACGGCGACGGCUGGCGACCCAUGGACGCCACGGACCUGCGCGCCUACCUAGGGCUGCUGAUCCUAGCGGGCGUCUACACGUCCCGGGGCGAGGCCGCGGCAAGCCUGUGGGACGCCGAGAGCGGCAGGACCGUGUUCCGAGCCACCAUGUCGCUCAAGGUCUUUUACAGGUACUCGAGGCUGCUGCGAUUCGACGACCGCCAGUCGAGAGCCGCCAGACUCGCCACGGACAAACUCGCAGCCAUACGGGAGGUCUGGGACCUGUGGGAGGCGCGGCUGCCGGCCCUCUACAACCCGGGGCCCGACGUGACGGUGGACGGGCAACUGGUCCCGUUCAGAGGCAGCUGUCCCUUCCGUCAGUACAUCCCCAGCAAGCCGGCCAAAUACGGCAUCAAGUCGUGGGUGGCCUGCGACGCCAAGUCCAGCUACGCUUGGAAGAUGCAAGUGUACACCGGCAAGGCGGCCGGCGGAGGCCCCGAGAAGAACCAGGGGAUGCGCGUCGUCCUCGAUCUGACAACGGGCCUGAGCGGUCGCAACGUCACCUGCGACAACUUCUUCACGUCCUACGACCUGGGCCAGCGGCUCCUUGAGAGGAACCUCACCAUGGUGGGCACGGUGAGAAAGAACAAGGCCGAGCUCCCGCCCGCGCUGCUCGAGUCCAGGGGCAGACAGGUCCUGUCCUCCAGGUUCGCCUUCACGCCCACCGCCACUCUGGUGUCCUACCUGGCAAAGAGAAACAAGAACGUGCUACUCUUGAGCACGCUGCACACAGAGGGCCACAUCAGCGAUCGCCGCGACAAGAAGCCGGCCCUCAUCCUAGACUACAACUGCAACAAGGGCGGCGUGGACAACCUAGACAAGGUGGUGGGCACCUACAGCUGCAGACGGAUGACUACCCGCUGGCCCCUGGUCGUCUUCCACAACAUCCUCGACGUGUCCUCCUACCAUGCCUUUGUCAUAUGGCGAGAGGUCAAGCCUGACUGGAUGCCUGGCAAGCAGAACAAGCGCAGGGUGUUCCUCGAGCAGCUGGGAAAGGCACUCGUGAAGCCGCUGAUCCAAAGAAGGCAGCAUCUGCCCCGCACCGAAGCGUCCUCAGCGCUUGUCAAAGUCCUACAGAGUGCUACGGCGGCGCCUCCUGAGCAACAGCGCCAGGGCCCCGCCACUGGCACGGCCGCUGCCCCGCUCGUUGACCUGGCCACCGGGGCAAGUAAGAGGAAGAGGUGUCAGCUCUGCCCACCCAUGAAGGACUCCAAGACACACACGGUGUGCUGCAGGUGUAAGAAAUACAUCUGCAAAGGCUGUUCACACGCUUACUGUCACACUUGCGCACAUUGGGCCUUUAGCCAGGACGGGACAGGGUGA